AUGAAAACGCGGCCUCGGAUACUAGCGGUCCUUUACUUCGUGUUAUUACAGAUUUUCGAAUGUUAUGGCGCGGAAAAGGUGCUCCUGUCUGAUGUACAAAGCUUGACCCUCCAUUCGAACCAGAAAACUACCGGUAGGCGCUCGAGCGGCGUUCCGCAGCUGAAAUGCGUCGGCGGGUCGGCGAAGGGAUUGUUCACGCCGAAGAUUGUGCAAUGCCAGAAUAAGGGAUUCGACGGGCACGACUAUCAAUGGGAAUGUACGGCUAACAUGGAUGAUCGCUACGAGUUUGGCAGGAUUACUGUCAGCUGCGAGGGCUACGAUUACCCAAAUGACCCCUACGUACUCUACGGUUCUUGCGGGCUGGAAUACGAGUUGGAAUACAGCGACAGGACUGGCAAGACGAGGAUGGCACAGAAAGAACGCGAGCAGGGCUAUUCUCCGAUCCUGAUCAUCUUUGGCUUCAUAGCGCUGUUCAUCGCUUAUUCGAUCUACUCAAAAUGGGGUGAAAACGGUGAAGGCGGCACGGGGCCUGAUGGACGUGGACCCCCUCCGUAUCCCGGAUGGCGACCCGGCGGAGGCGGCGGCGGCGGUGGAGGACCAGAUGGCCGGCCGCCUGGAGCACCACCACCAUAUGAUGAUCAUCACAAAGGCACUUUUACCCAGCAAGGAAUGGGUGGUGCCUCAUCUUCAUCAGGACCCGGUUUCUGGUCAGGCGCCGGCCUUGGCGCGGCCGCUGGAUAUAUGGCAAGCCGGGCGCAGAACGCAUGGUCGAACCCAUCGUCAAGCAUGCGCCACCGAUCGACGCCCAGCGCCCCGUCGAGCUCUGGGAUGCACUCGUCGACAGGUUGGUUCAACCCCCCGGAUGACUGGGACGAGCGCCAGCGGGAGGAGGCGCGUCAGCAGGAGUCGGACCACGGCGAGCACGAGUCCACCGGUCCGCAUUUUACCGAGUUUAGC